GUUUGAUGGUAGCCCUAUCAUACGAUUUGUCACGUAAAGUCUUCAUUUUAAUGUACUCGUAAAAAAUAUUUCCUAUUUUCACUUACUUUCAAGUGCAUACGAUUUAAUAGUUUGCUCAAUUGCGUUUAAUUCUUUUCUGUGAUAAGCUUUUCUAAAGGAACAUAUAAAAAUGACGGAACAGCAAAUGGAUUGUGCAUUAGAUUUGAUGAGACGGCUUCCCCCUCAGCAGAUCGAAAAAAAUUUAAUUGAUUUGAUCGACUUAGCUCCAGCUUUAUGUGAAGAUUUAUUGACAUCUGUCGAUCAGCCUUUGAAAAUAGCUAAAGAUAAGGAAACGGGAAAAGAUUACUUGCUCUGCGAUUACAACCGGGAUGGUGACUCAUAUCGGUCUCCAUGGUCAAAUACUUAUGAUCCACCACUAGAAGACGGUUCUAUGCCUUCGGAACGCCUUCGGAAGCUAGAAAUUGAGGCAAACCACGCAUUUGACCAAUAUCGCGAAAUGUAUUACGAAGGUGGUGUUUCUUCUGCAUACCUUUGGGACUUGGACCAUGGAUUUGCCGGAGUGAUCCUUAUAAAGAAAGCCGGAGAAGGAAAUCAAAAGACCAAAGGAUGCUGGGAUUCAAUCCACGUAGUUGAGGUGCAGGAAAAGAGUUCUGGAAGAACAGCACACUAUAAGCUUACUUCCACUGCGAUGUUAUGGCUGCAGACACAUAAGCAAGCAUCUGGAACCAUUAACUUGGGAGGCAGUUUGACUAGACAGGUUGAACAGGAUGCACCGGUCAGCGAAACCAGUCCGCAUAUUGCUAAUAUUGGCCGUAUCGUGGAGGAUAUGGAGAAUAAAAUUCGCAAUACUUUGAAUGAGAUAUACUUUGGCAAGACUAAAGACAUAGUCAAUGGAUUGAGAAGCAUUCAAUCGUUGGCUGACGCAAACCAACAAGCUUCUUUGAAAAAAGAACUUGCAGCUGCACUACUUCGACGAACUGGUAAAGGAGAAAAUUAAAAUAUCAAUGCCAACUGAAAUCAUCGUCAUGCGCUGAAAUUAUAUAUUUUGAUGCUGUUGCUGUGCUGUUGUUCGCUUGAUGCAAAGGCGAAAUGAUCGUGGAACUCUCUUAUUUCGAAUGGAUAGGAAUAAUAUCUACACAUGAAAGCAAAUGGCGAUGUUUGUAAUUCUAAGGAUAGCGAAUAAACAAUAUUUUAAUGGUGUUAAGUAUAGAGAAAA